AUGAGUAACAGGGAGCUCGAAAUUCAAGUAUGCAAGCUUCUCUUUAAGACGCUGCAAGAAGAAAAAAUAACGGAACACAUACCUGACAAUGUAUUUGUUAGAGCAGCCGAAGUUGCAAAAUCAAAAUUACUCACCGCUACCUUAAAGGAGACCGAAGAACAAGGAAAUUUCAUUUUUGAUUGGGACCACAAUGAUUUGCUCUCACAUCUCGUACAUAUGUCGGCGAAAUUGCACAGAAAUAUGAUCAACGAAAAUAUUCGUAGGAAAGAUCAAUUGAUACAAUCUUUUCAUUAUGCACAAAAUUCAGGAGAUUUUAAUAGAGACGAAUAUAACUUAAAACUCGAAUUUAUUCAAAACGUAAGAACUCUACUUCCAGGAUUCGAAAAUCUAUUCGCUCUGGAUUGGUUUGUCAACGGACAACAACAUGAUCGAGGACAUCUAGUAUUCAUAUCGAACGUUGGAAUUUUGGCUGUUGUUGAAGUUAAAUAUAUUGCACCGGACGCCACGCAGAAUGUCAAGGAACAAAGUCGCACACAAGUUAAAGAAAGAGCGAAAAGGUUUAAAACGGAAGCAGCUAAAAAAUUUAAAAUGGUCACUAUUGGUGUCACCUUCACCAACGAAGACGAACGCCCGACACAAUUUGUGAAUAGGAUUGAUAAAAACAUUGCCUAUUCUGUAGCAGAAUAUACAAGGAGGCGAGCUUUUUGGAGGGGUGGCCUUGGUUUCGCGGCGAGAUUCGUUCUGUUGCGAUAG